AAAGACAAGGAGUUGCUGGAAAAAAUUAUUCUCGAAAAAUAUUUUUCACAGCUGUGCUUUUAAUAACAAUUAUUUGGAUUUGAGUCUUUGCUGGAUAGAUUUACCUUAAAACAGCAAAAAUUUUUAUAUAAUUUGGGAAUUAUUCAAAUUGAGAAACGUAUCAAUCAAGGAUAUAUGCAGUUUGAAUUUAAUUACAUUAUUUGUGAUUAUUUUACAUUUUGUGAGUUAUAAAAAUUGUUUAAAGGAUUAUAAUUUCGGAAAAAUUGCAAUUUAUAAUCUCAUUUUUUCUGAAGAAUUAUAGAUUCGAUGCCAAGUUGCAAAAGAGAUUAACACUAUGUUUUUAUUCGACAUGCCAAAUAUUUUCAAGUUUAGCCUGAUAGCGUGCUUCUGUGCUGCACUAUCUAUGACUGUAGCACUGAAGUGUUUCAGAUGUGGAAAGUACACACCAGAUGGCGCAGGUUCUGUGAUUCCUUGCUACACUUUUAACGAAACUGACCUUAAAGAGUGUCACACGUGGGACAGGUACUGUCUAAAAUAUUUGAAUGAAGGAAUUAUCGUUCGAGAUUGUGUGCAGGAAUGCAAACCAGGAAUUCAGGAACUUUCUGAGUUCUUCUGCUGCGAAGAGGAUGGCUGUAAUACUGCUAGCGUCCAGAGAUAUGGAUGGACAAUCGCUUUCGCGUUUGGCCUCACUUUCUUGAUGCGAUUUAUGAGCAUCGAACUUUGAAAAAUCGAGCCAAAUGGAACAUUAUGAUAAAAAAAAUGGUCAAAGCAAAACAUAACUCACGUUGCACAAGUGCCACCAUUUCUUUCCUCUGUUUUACACUUUUUUUUUUCAUUUUAUAUAUUUUGACUGGUUUGGAAAAAAAAUGCGUUUUCUCUCUUCGCGUAAAGAAUGUGAAUAUUUUAGUCAGACAGUGAUUGGAUGAGAAAAAAAGGCAGUUUUGUAAGAUUGGUAUUAAUUUUUUGUAAUUGCAAAGUCUGGUCAUCGUGUUGUAAUUUCCUUUCAGCUAGUAAACUUAUAAUAGUGAUGAGUUGAAAUUCAAUGUGUGAAAAGAUUAAUAGUUCUAAUGAAAUUCACAAACAGUUCUGAAGAUUUAUAUUUCUAAUUUACCACAUUAACUAUUCUAAAGAAUUAUAGUUACGAUUACGCACAAUAGCAUUUACUUGAAGCAGUUUUGGUUGGAUUAAUUUACCAAUAAGUCAUUCUCAAAUCAGAUCCUGGUUGUGAUAACAUUUGUUUUAUUGUGAUUCAUAUUCCUUAUAUUUAAUAAGGCUCUAAUGAAAUCCUUAAUCUGUCAAAUUAUGAAAUGACAAAUAAUUUUAAAUUCAAGACUCAUUUGAAAACAAUAUUUGUCUUAUUGUUAUUCAUAUUCUUUCAUUUUAAUAAGGUUCCAAUUAAAACAUUUAUGCUGUUAAAUUACAUAAGUGACGAAUAUUAGAAAUUCAUAAGGCAUAUGGAAACAAUAUUUAUCUUAUUGUUAUAAUUUUUUACUUUCAAUAAGGCUCUAAUGAAAUCCUUUAUCGUGUCAAAUGAUAAAGUGACAAAUAUUAGAAAUUCAUGACUCGUAUAGAAAUAAUAUUUGUCUUAUUGUUAUUUACAUUCUUCAAUUUUAAUAAGGCUCCAAUGAAAACUUUUAGGCAGUUAAAUUAUGAGGUGACAAAUAUCAGAAAUUCAUGACUCAUAUGCUAUAUAUCUUAAAGGAUUUUUUCACGUGAGAAAGCUUUGAUUGGAAUAAUUGGCGAAGAAAUUAUUUCAAUCAAAUUAAUCUUGCAAUUACAUUGUUUUACUCAUACAAAUUUUACUAGGCUUUACUAGGCUAAGCUUUUUCUGAGCCAUAUUAUGCCGUAACAAGAAUUAGAAACUCAUGAGUCAUGCGUUAACAAUCAUACAUAGACUGAUAAAAUAAGUAUAUAUUAUUUAAUUUCUAAGUAUUUAACCAUUAUUAGCAGUGUUAUUAAAUUAAAAGUAUCGUAAAUGAAGAAAUUUGAUGUGAUUCCUGAAAGAAUCUGUGAUUAGAAAUCAUGAAUAAUCAACAUGAAUGUGACUUAGUGUUGCCAUGCCAUACGAGAAAAAACUUUUCUGAAAGAUUUUUCAUAUAUAAUAUAAUUUCGAAUUUCCAAUUAUUAUA